AUGCAGAUGCUCACCAAGUUUGAGUCCAAGUCGAACCGGGUGAAGGGCAUUGCCUUUCACCAGAAGCUGCCGCUGCUGGCGGCCUCGCUGCACAAUGGCUCGAUCCAGCUGUGGAACUACCAGACGGGCACGAUCUAUGAGCGACUCGAGGACCACGAGGGGCCUGUGCGUGGUGUGUCGUUCCACCCGACGCAGCCGCUGCUUGUGAGUGGCGGUGACGACUACAAGGUGAAGGUGUGGAACCACAAGACGGGCAAGAUCCUGUUCACGCUGCACGGCCACCUGGACUACGUGCGCACCGUCUUCUUCCACCACGAGCACCCGUGGAUCAUCAGUGCGUCAGACGACCAGACGAUCCGUAUCUGGAACUGGCAGAGCCGCACGUGUAUCGCGGUGCUGACGGGCCACAACCACUAUGUGAUGUGUGCGCAGUUCCACCCGCACGAGGACCUGAUCGUGUCCGCGUCGAUGGACCAGACGGUGCGCGUGUGGGACUACACGACGCUGAAGCAGAAGUCGACGACCGCGCAGCCGAUGAGCUUCGACGAGCAGAUGGCGCGCGUGAACAGCGCGCAGAUGGACCUGUUUGCGAAUAUGGAUGUUGUGGUCAAGUACGUGCUCGAGGGCCACGAGCGCGGCGUGAACUGGGUGUCGUUCCACCCCGCGCUCCCGCUCAUCGUGUCGGCGAGCGACGACCGCCAGAUCAAGCUGUGGCGCAUGUCCGACACCAAGGCGUGGGAGGUCGACACGUGCCGCGGGCACUACAACAACGUGUCGGCCGCGCUGUUCCACCCCCACGCGGAGCUGAUCCUCUCCGUAUCGGAGGACAAGACCAUCCGUGUGUGGGACAUGGGCAAGCGCACGGCCGUGCAGACGUUCCGGCGCGAGCACGACCGGUUCUGGGUGCUCACGGCGCACCCCCACCUGAAUCUGUUUGCGGCGGGCCACGACAGCGGCCUGAUCGUGUUCAAGCUCGAGCGCGAGCGCCCGCCGUUCGCGCUGCACAACAAGACGCUGUACUAUGUGCGCAACAAGCAGGUGCGCGCGCUCGACUACGGCACGGGCAAGGACCAUGCGAUGCUGAGCAUUCGGCGCCUGGGCAACCAGUACGUGCAGCCGCGGUCGCUGAGCUUCAACCCGGCCGAGCGCAGCGUGAUCGUCACCUCGCUCAACGGGGACGCCGGCGUGUACGACCUGGCGCCACUGCCGCACACGCCGCCGACGGAGCUGGGCGAGAGUGGGACGGUGGGCAAGCGCGGGCAGGGCACGACGGCGCUGUUCAUUGCGCGCAACCGCCUGGCGGUGCUGCAGAAAGCCACGCAGACGGUCGAGAUCCGCGACCUGUCGAACCAGGUGGUCAAGACGGUGGAGCUGCCGCACGCCACGAACGACAUCUUCUAUGGCGGCCCGUCGCACCUUGUGCUGAGCACGGGGGCGAGUGUCCUGCUGUUUGACAUGCAGCAGCAGGCGGUCGUGGCGGAGCUCGCGAGCCCCGCCGUCAAGUACGUGGUCUGGAGCCCCGACGCGCAGCGUGUCGCGCUGCUGAGCAAGCACACGAUCACGCUCACCGACAAGCAGUUCAGCGAGUCGCACAUGAUCCACGAGACGAUCCGGAUCAAGAGCGCGGCGUGGGACGCCAACGGUGUGCUGCUGUACAGCACGCUGAACCACAUCAAGUAUGCGCUGCCGCAGGGCGACACGGGCAUCAUCAAGACGCUGGAGCAGCCCGUGUACCUCACGUACAUCCAGGGCUCGACGGUGUACUGCCUGGACCGCCAGGCGUGCCCCCGCACGAUCACGAUUGACCCGACCGAGUGCCAGUUCAAGCUGGCGCUGCUCCACAAGCGCUACGACGAGGUGCUGCACAUCAUCCGCGCGUCGCGCCUCGUGGGCCAGUCGAUCAUUGCGUACCUGCAGAAGAAGGGCUUCCCCGAGAUUGCGCUGCACUUUGUGCAGGACAAGACGACGCGCUUCGACCUCGCGGUCGAGUGCGGCAACCUGGAGGUCGCGCUGGAGACGGCCGAGGCGAUCAAUGUGCCCGAGAUUUGGAAGCGCCUCGGCGAGGCGGCGCUCAAGCUGGGCGCGCACCACAUGGUCGAGCGCGCGUACCAGAAGACGAAGGACUUUGACCAGCUGAGCCUGCUGUACCUGAUCACCGGCAGCCGCGACAAGCUCGGCAAGAUGACCGCGAUCGCGGAGCGCCGCGGCAACAUGCAGAGCCUGUACCACAAUGCGGUGCUGCACGGCGACGCCGGUGCGCAGGUGCAGGUGCUGCGCGGCGCCGGCCUCGGCGCGCUCGCGUACCUGACGGCGCAGCGGGCCGGCGACGCCGCGCUGGCCGAGGCGAUCGCGGCCGAGGCGGGCCUCGACCCCGCCGAGGCGCAGGCCGCGCUCGGCGCGCCUGCGCCGACCGCGCGUGGGCCGCCGCCGGUCGUCUUCCCGACGUACCAGCACGACUGGCCGCUCACAGAGGCGAAGGAGAACUACUUUGACCAGGCGCUGCGGGCCAACACGAGUGACGGCGUCAUCUUCGAGGACAACGCGAUUGAGGCGCCCGCGGACGACGACGACUGGCUCGAGGGCGACGAGGCGCUCGUCGACGCGUCGGCGGCGGCGCCCGCCCUCGAUCUGAACGAGGCCGAAGAGGCAUGGGACCUGGACGAGUCGGCCAUGGCGCCGGCCGAGGAGGAGCUCGGCCAGCACAUGGCGCCGCUCACCGAUGUGGCGUCGCUCGAGGGCCUCGCGCCGGGCAGUGCCGAGGACGAGCACUGGCUGCGCAACUCGCCGGUGGCCGCCGACCUCGCUGCGGCCGGCGCGUUCGACAUGGCGCUGCAGCUGCUGCAGCGCCAGGCCGGCAUCGUCCACUUUGCGCCGCUGCAGCCGUGGCUGUGGCGCGCGUACGUCGCGGCACGCGCUGUGGUGCCCGGCGCGCCCGGCGCGCCGCCGCUGCUCGUGCACCUGCGGCGCAACAACGAGGCGUCGGAGGGCGACCUCGGCAAGGUGCUCCCUGCCAGUACGCUCUCGCUCGCGCACCUCGAGUCGCACGUGCUGCCGGACGCGUACCGCGCCGUGUCGGCGAACAAGCUGCCCGAGGCCGAGUCGCUCUUCCGCUCGCUCCUGCACCAGCUCGUGCUUACGCCGGCCGCGGACGAGGCGGAGGCGGCGCGCCUCGCGGAGCUGAUGGCCGAGUGCCGCGAGUACCUGAUCGGUGUGUCGAUCGAGCGCGAGCGCCGCGAGCUCGCCGCGUCGGAGGCACCGCCCGUCGCGCGGAUCCUGGAGCUCGCCGCGCUGUUCACGCACGUGCAAAUGCAGCCGCAGCACCAGAUGCUCGCGCUGCGGAUUGCCAUGAUGGAGGCGCGCCGCGUCGGGAACCUCGCGAUGGCCGGGCACUUUGCGCGCCGCCUCGCCGAUCUGCAGCCGCCGGCGAAGGUGCUGCAGGUGGCGCAGCAGAUCAUUGCGCUCUCGGACCGCCAGCCGCGCGACGCGGUGCCUGUGCCGGCGUACUCGGUGCACGAGCCGAUCUACGUGGUGUGUGCGGGCAGCCACACGCUGCUACCGGCGGGCGGCGCGAACGCCAUCGAGGACCCACUGACGGGCGCCAAGUACCUGCCCGAGUUCCGCGGCUCGGUGUGCCGCGUAAGCGAGAUCAGCGAGGUCGGGCGCCCCGCGACGGGGCUGCGUAGUCUCGCGUAG